CUUCGAUGUUUUCUUGGAUCGACCUUUUUUCCAUUUCAUGGUGACCCAUUUAUUUGGCAAUUUUCCAAAACCGAUUAGCUGGAUAUUUCAAGCAAAGAUAAAAAAAUAAAAAGAAAGGAAAAGCAAUUUGACAUGUUUAAGUUGGGUGGGCCAUUUUUUUUAUGGUGUCGUCUAUACUUGUCAUAGCUCCAAAAAUAGGCUCGUCAACGUGAUUGAAAUAAAAAUAAAAGAAAAAAAAAUAUAGAAAAUACCACUUUAGCCUAGUGCCAAUGACGUACUUGAGACGGGACUUGACGGCAGCUUUAACCCGUUGGAAAUUUUAGAGUCAAUCUCCGGGUGGUCCAAAUGGUUUCAUCAAAACGACAAUACUUUAUGUUCAAGAAAACAUAUGCACAUGUUUUUUAAAUUUCAUUGUUAUUUGAUCAUCAGGAUUUAUUGCUGUGUUACAUUAGCAGAUAGCCAUUUCUUUAUGGAUAUUGUUGCUUUGGUAACUGGUGGAGCAUCAGGAAUUGGAAAAAGUAUUGUCGAAAUGAUUAUUACAAAUGGAGGUAAAGCUGUCAUAGCUGAUAUUGAUCCUCAAGGAAAAUAUGUUGCUAUUAAUUUCGGUGAAAAUGCAGCUUUCAUAAAUACAAAUGUUAUUUAUGAAAAAUCAGUAGACAAUGCUUUAAAUUUUGCAAAUGAAAAAUUUGGUAAAGUGAAUGUUGUUAUAAAUAGUGCUGGUAUUCAUGGAGGUGAAGAAGGUGGUUAUGAUUUAAAUAAUGAUAAGCCACAUUCACUUGAAGAGUAUAAAAAAAUAUUUGAAGUUAAUACAUUUGGUACAUUUAAUGUGAUAACUCGAUCAAUUCGUUUUUUAAAAAAAAAUCAACCAAAUGAAGAUGGCCAAAGAGGAGUUUUAAUAAAUUUAGGCAGUGUUGCUGCUUAUGGAAUUGGUUAUCGUAAUAUAACUUACAGUUCGUCCAAAGCUGCUGUUAUGGCAAUGACAGAAACAGCAGCAAGACAUGUCGCUUCUGUGGGUAUACGAGUGGUCACAAUCGCCCCAAGCAUUGUAGAAACAUCUCAUGUUUCAAAAAAAAUUGAAAAUGUUGCUGGUUAUUUUACAUGUGCAAUGUUUCAAAAAAAAAAUAACACAAAGACAGUCGAGGUUCCUCACUUAAUAAAAUUCAUUAUCGAAAGUCAUUUUGUCAAUGACGAGAUUAAUCAUACUGAUGUAAAUAAAAAAAAAAAAAAAAAAAUUGUUGCAUUAAUAACAGGCGGAGCAUCAGCAUCCAAUAAACGUUCACCAAUAUUAAUUACUGGACAAUUCAAAGCAAUGGCCAUAUUUGCAUCAGCGAUCGUUUUGGCAAUUGUUAAUGCAGCAGCUACUGGAUUACCUCCUGGAAUAAUUUUUUCAAAUGCUGAUGAUGUUGUUGCAUUAAUAACUGGUGGAGCUUCUGGAAUUGGUGCAAACACAGCAGAAAUGAUUAUUAAAAAUGGUGGUAAAGUGAUAAUAAGUGAUAUAAAUCUUCAAGGUAAACAAGUGGCUGAUAAACUCGGUGAUAAUGCCUCGUUCUUCCAAACUGAUGUAACCUCAGAAAAAUCAGUAGAUGAAACAUUGGAAUUUAUUAAAAAUAAAUAUGGAAAAUUAAAUGUUUUGAUAAAUUGUGCUGGUCUUGUUGGUGAAGGAACAAUUUAUGAUUUUAAAAAUAAUAAACCCCAUUCACUUGAUGAGUUUAAAAAAAUGUUUGAAGUUGAUACAUUUGGAACAUUCAAUGUUAUGACAAGAUCAAUUGGUUUAAUGAAAGAGACAGUACCAGAUGAAGAUGGAUAUCGAGGUGUUAUUAUUAAUAUUGGUAGUGUUGAUGGCCUUGGUGCUGGACACCAGUAUCUUGCUUAUGGCGCAUCAAAAGCAGCUGUUAUGUCUAUGACGGAAACAUCAGCAAGACACUUGGCUUGUGUGGGAAUUCGAGUUGUUGCUAUUGCUCCGAGUAUCAUCAAAACACCAUUAUUAGAUGAUUUAACAGAAGACGAACUUGUUUCGUAUACAAAUGAACAAAUGUUUCCAGUAAGACCUGGAAAAAUGGAUGAAGUUUCUCAUUUGAUUAAAUGUAUCAUUGAAAAUAAUUUUAUCAAUGCUGAAAUUAUACGUCUUGAUGCUGGUCAUCGUCCAAGCAAUAUCAUGUUGUAAAUUUUUUUUCUUUUUUAACUAUGCAAUUCAAAUAUUGAUUUUGAUAUGUUGUUAUUUUUUAAAUACAUCUUUGUUGUUUUUAAUAAAUGUA